AUGACCUCCUCCAUCCCCACCCCCCCGGCGGCGGCGGCGGCGCCCGAGUCACCGUCCACCAUCACGGACGGCGCGGUCAGCGGCACACUCCCGGGGGCCGAGGCCUUCGCCGUGCACUACCCCGGAUACCCCUCCUCUCCCGCUCGCGCCACCCAUACCCUCGGCGGCCUCCCCGCCAUCGCCAAGGUCCGGAGUUCCGACCCCGGCUCCCGCCUCGAGCUCCGCUUCCGCCCGGAGGACCCCGACUGCCACCCGACCUUCGGCGAGCCCCGCGCCUCCACUGGCCUGCUCCUCCGCCUCUCAAGGCCCAAGGGAGGCUCCGCGCCACCGCGUGCCGAGGUGGUGGCGCGCGUCCGGACCGCCUACCAUUUCGAUGGCAUGGCAGAUUUUCAGCAUGUCGUCCCAGUUCAUGCUGCUCAAGUGAGAAAAAGAAAACGGUUAGAUUGUCCCAGUGUUAAAGAUGAUUUAGGCACUGAUAUGGCAGGAGGUCUAGACACGGAUGAUGGAGAUGUCAUGAUGUUGGUACCACCACUCUUCGCAAUAAAGGAUAAUCCAACAAACAUAGCGCUUCUACCAUCGACCAAUGCACUAUCCAAGAGCAUGCAAAGGGGAGUUGUGCGGCAUCGGUGGGAGAUGGAUAUUGAACCAACCCUUGCGCUUCCUUUCAACAUUCAAGCUGUCCCCAAGAAGGUUAACUGGGAAGACCACAUACCAAGGAAUUCAUCAGAGUGGGAUUCGCAGAUGGCUGUGUGCAAAUUAUUUGACGAGCGUCCUGUGUGGCCAAGACAGUCACUUUAUGAACGUUUGCUUGAUGAUGGUGUGCAUGUGUCAACAAGCCAGUUCAAAAGCCUUUUGUUUAAAGCUGGAUACUACUUCUCUACUGGACCCUUUGGUAAAUUCUGGAUCAAAAAAGAAUAUGAUCCUCGUAAAGAUCCCGAGUCACGAAUAUAUCAGCGAAUUGAUUUUCGCAUGCCUCCUGAGCUAAGGAAUCUUCAAACGAAAAGGCACGAUGGAUCUGAGAAGUGGUCAGAGAUGUGCAAGCUUGAAAGGAUGCCAUCGAAAAGUUUCAUCUUCCUGCAAUUAUUUGAACUGAAGGAUGACUUCAUUCAAGCCGAAAUUAGAAAACCUUCUCAUCAAUCAACUUGCUCACAUUCGACAGGUUGGUUUUCUAAGCCAAUGAUUAAAAGUUUGAGGUUACAACUAUGCAUAAGGUUCCUCUCAUUAUGUCCUAAUGAAGAUGCCAAAACCCUUUUGAGAAGUUCCCAUCAACUUCUUGAAAGGUCCAAAAAGCAGGAAGCUAUUUGCAGAUCCGAGCAACUGAAGGAAAGAAAAGAUGUUGAUGAAGAAGCGCCUGCUGAACAUGUUGGAUCUGAGGAUCAGAUGGACACUAACAACUCUGAUAGUGAAGAUGCUGAUGACGAGGAAGAGGAAGAUAAAGAGGAAUCAGAUGGUUAUGAUUCUCCAGCCAUGGCCGAGGAUGUUCCUGAUUUCGCCUUACAUGAGUCCUAUGUAUCAGACACACUUGGAGAAGGCUUCUCCACUGGAUACCUUGAGGAGGUGUUGCGCAGCUUUCCACUGAAUGAAGAUGGCCAGAAUAAAUCAGGUGAUGCCCUUAAUAAUGGUGAAGCAAGUGAUGGGGAGUUUGAAAUUUUCGAACAGCCUAGUGACGAUGAAGAGUAUUCCGAUGGUUAG